AUGGCCGUCGUCCUCACUUCCGAGGAUGACUAUUUCUCAACUACUCUGAGGAGGAGUCAAUCACAGUCCAAGUUUUCUGCCAAAUCCUCACUACGCUCGUCCUCUUCUACCGGCAGAAUCCAGGACUCAUAUUCACACUUCGCCCGACCCUAUUCCAACUCUACCGCCUCGUCCUCCGCUCCCUCCUCCCCGCGCACAAUCCAACCCGCCGACUCGACGGAUAUAUCGUUCGUUUCGACGCCUUCUAGUAAUAUUUCCUUGUCCUCCGACUGCGACGACCUCCAGAUCGACUUCCACCCCGAUGACCACUUUGACCUCGAGCCGCCGCCCAGCCCCAAAAACGGCCACUCGUACACAAAUUCUCCGGAUAACGACGGCUCUGGGAGCAGUACUGACGGUCCUGUGACGCCCGAGGUCGUGGAGCGCGCCGAAGAUGACACCGCUAUCCAGACUCUAAAUUGGCUCAAAGAAUGUGACGUGACCUGGCUGUACGGGCCGUUGCAGACCCCCAAUGUUUCGACUGGCCGAAACGCCGACCCCGAGGCCGGCAGUUCGACGUUGUCCAAGACCGAUUCGUUCAUCGACAAGAAGCCCAUUUUGAAGAAACGGAGCAUGUCCGAGAUCAUGCUCAGGCGCUCUCUCUCUAGCUCGUCGUUACUCAAACAAGCGGCGGCGGCCGUCCAAGCCCAGGAGAAAGAUGCUCGACGAGGCUACAGCAGACCGGCGUACGACAGGGCCACGACCGACUAUGUUACAUUUCCUUUUUCAUCAAGGAGAGAAAGCAAAGAGCAGAGCCUUUUCUCCUCAAUGACGAGUUCGGGGAUUGCCUCGCCUACGUCUGGGAGGAAACGGAUCCACUUUAACGAACAGGUCGAGCAGUGCAUUGCCGUAGACAUCCGUCCUGAUGACGGCAACGACACCCCAAUUGACAUGUACGGAUCGAAAGUUGCCGACGGCAAGACGAUUGCAAAGCUUCCAUCAACAACGCUCAAGGAUCGGGAAGGUACUCUGGAGAUCGAGACAGCCAUGAAACAUAGUGGCCGCACCUAUCGAAGCCCGAUCGUCUCGCCUUCAUCGUCCCAGGAGACCCUGCGAGCCGACGGCGUGAAGGCCAAGUCUCCGAAAAGGUCAUUUUUCGAAGACCAAGAGGACGAGGAGGAGAGUUCUGCCGACGCCAGCGGCUCGACAGACCGGCCGUUUGGAGACCUUCGGAAAACACCCUCAAGCAGCAGCCUAACGGGUGAACCCAGCGGCAUGCGUCGUACCGCCUCGGGCAUGUUUAUGCCUUGCGACGAAGUCGAGACACCAGCGGCGAAUAGCGGUAUCUUUGGUCGCGUGCUCGAUACGGUCAACACUGCACGCGACAUUGCCCACGUCAUUUGGAACGUUGGCUGGAGAAAAUGA